AUGUUCAUCAACCGUUGAUUGUUCUCCACUAACCACAAAGACAUCGGCACAUUAUAUCUUCUAUUCGGUGCUUGAGCCGGUAUAGUGGGGACUGCACUUAGUCUUUUAAUCCGAGCGGAAUUGGGUCAACCGGGAACGCUACUAGGCGAUGACCAAAUUUACAACGUAAUUGUCACCGCCCAUGCAUUUGUCAUAAUCUUCUUUAUAGUAAUGCCUAUUAUAAUUGGAGGUUUCGGAAAUUGGUUAGUCCCCUUAAUAAUCGGAGCUCCUGAUAUAGCCUUCCCACGAAUAAAUAAUAUAAGCUUCUGACUUCUACCUCCUUCAUUCCUACUAUUGCUCACAUCAUCAAUAGUUGAAGCCGGAGCAGGAACAGGAUGAACGGUUUAUCCCCCUUUGGCUGGAAACCUCGCACAUGCAGGUGCCUCCGUUGAUUUAACAAUCUUCUCACUACACCUAGCAGGAGUCUCAUCAAUCCUAGGGGCUAUUAAUUUCAUCACCACAAUUAUCAACAUAAAGCCACCUGCUAUAACACAAUAUCAAACACCACUAUUCGUAUGAUCGGUCCUAAUCACAGCUGUACUUCUCUUGCUCUCCCUGCCCGUCCUAGCUGCUGGAAUUACAAUAUUAUUAACAGACCGAAACCUUAAUACUACUUUCUUCGACCCAGCAGGGGGCGGAGACCCUAUCCUUUAUCAACACCUAUUUUGAUUUUUCGGACACCCUGAAGUAUAUAUCCUGAUUCUUCCAGGAUUCGGCAUAAUCUCCCACAUUGUCACAUUCUACUCUGGAAAAAAAGAACCUUUUGGAUAUAUAGGAAUAGUAUGAGCAAUAAUAUCAAUUGGCUUUUUAGGAUUUAUCGUGUGAGCCCACCACAUAUUCACUGUCGGAAUGGACGUUGACACCCGCGCCUACUUCACCUCAGCCACAAUAAUCAUCGCAAUUCCAACUGGCGUAAAAGUAUUCAGCUGACUAGCAACUCUGCACGGAGGAAAUAUCAAAUGAUCCCCAGCCAUGCUAUGGGCAUUGGGCUUUAUUUUCCUUUUCACAGUGGGAGGAUUAACCGGGAUUGUUCUGGCCAACUCUUCACUAGACAUUGUAUUGCACGAUACGUAUUAUGUGGUCGCACACUUCCACUACGUCCUGUCAAUAGGAGCGGUAUUCGCUAUUAUAGGUGGAUUUGUACAUUGAUUCCCGCUAUUCUCAGGUUAUACCCUAAACUACGCAUGAGCAAAAACUCAUUUCUUCAUCAUAUUCGUAGGGGUAAACCUAACUUUCUUCCCUCAACAUUUCCUAGGGCUAUCUGGAAUACCACGACGGUAUUCUGACUACCCUGACGCAUACACAUUCUGGAACGCCAUUUCAUCCUCAGGAUCAUUCAUUUCUUUAACCGCUGUGAUAGUAAUAAUCUUCAUGAUUUGAGAAGCUUUCGCAUCAAAACGAGUGGUAACAAAAACUGAAUUAACAUCAAUAAACCUAGAGUGACUACACGGAUGUCCCCCUCCAUAUCACACAUUUGAAGAACCCACCUUUAUCAAAACCCCUUAA